AAGACAGUACACUUUUGCUGCUGGGACUUUGUUGCUAGGGUCAGUGUCUGAUACCUCCGCCCCCUCCCCCCAUCCCCCCUCAAUCCUCCCUGUCCGAUAGCGAGCCGGAUGGGUUCUUGCGGAGCCUGGGAGAUGGGCGAGGCUGUUGACUUUCUGUCUGGGUCUCUCUCCUUCUCUCUACCCUCCACUAUCACGUCGCUCCGUUUUUGGGAGCUUGAAAAAGUCAGGAACGUCAUUGGCCAAGCUCCAUCCGGCGGUGAGUUGAGAUGCUAGGAACAGCCGCGCCUGUUCCAGCACUCACUCAGUCUCUCCGUCCCUCAGUCAGACUUACUGGGAGCAACAUUCACUCAGUCACUUACUCACUCCGUCGCUCGGUCAAACUCACUGGGAGCAGCGCUCACACAUUCGUUCACUCACUCAGACAGACUGGAGGGCAGCAGCACUCACUCAGUCACUUACUCCCUCCCUCAGUCAGACUCACUCGGAGCAGGACUUAACUCAGACAGACUGUCAGACUGUGAGCUGCCUCUCAGUGGGAGCAGUACCGCCUGAUCCACCAGUCUCCCACUCACACUCAGACUGACAGAGGGACAGUGCUGAGAAAGAAAGAGCAUUUGCCAAGGUCCGCUGAAUCUCACCGAUUAAGUGUGGAUGCUCCGUGAACUGUAGCCGCUAUUCCUGUGAGUGUGUCUUGUAUUAUUGUUGCUCCCUGUCUCCCUCCGUCCCUGCACUUGUUGAGAAUGCAGCUGCUGCGUGUUUGCCUGACUCUGUUCUGGAUUUCUGUAUUUUUUGGCUUUGGAUUAUCACAGAUGACCGCCGAAAAAUUUCUGCUAACUGAAAAUGAGACUUGGGGGAAGUUUCAUUCAGGUCCCAAUUCUCUGGAUUUAUUCCACUUGCCCACGGUCCAGCCCGGCCUGGGGUUGUCUCAACGGGGAACCGGUCUUCCCGAUGUAACGGCGACGACGGAUAACUCCAACACAACCAAUGGCAAUACUACCUCAACCAGUGACAGUGAUAUCCCUUCCUCCUGCUACUAUCCCACCCGCAGCAACCCCACCUUCCGAUACAUUACUGCCGGCCUCUCUUGUGCCAUUUUCGUCGUCGGGGUGAUCGGCAACGCGACUUUGCUGAGGAUUAUCUAUAAAAAUAAAUGUAUGAGGAAUGGUCCCAAUUUGUUGAUUGGAAGCCUGGCCCUGGGAGACUUGUUCUACAUCACGAUCGACAUCCCUUUCCAUGUCUAUAAGCUUCUGGCUUCAGAAUGGCCUUUUGGUAUUGUUGUUUGCAAGCUGGUACCUUUCUUGCAAAAAAUUUCAGUGGGGAUCACAGGCCUGAGUCUAUGCGCACUCAGUGUGGACAGGUAUCGGGCUGUUGUCUCCUGGAGCCGGGUUCAGGGGAUUGGAGUGCCUCUAUUGACAGCCUUAGAGAUCAUUGGUAUCUGGAUUCUCGCUAGCCUCUUGGCUGUUCCUGAGGCUGUUGCUUUUGAUAUAGUAACAUUGGAAUACGGUGAACGAAGCUACAAUGUGUGCCUUCUUCUACCAACAACAGAGUUUAACCGGGUAAAAUUAUAUUUCUAA